UCAGAGUUGGAGCAGACGAAAUUUUUGUAAUAGUUCUCCCUUCAUUUUACUAGUUUUUUAUUUAAAUUGUCUUUCGGCCAACCGCAAAUUUUGCCGAUGUCUUCGCAAAUGCAGUCAAUGGCCGCGAGUGGCAAUAAGGGCGACAAGGACGAGAUGAGCGUCGUGGUGGGUGCGAUGAGUGCCGCUGGUGUGGUGUCCAUACAGCCAACCGAGAGCGAUUUCGCCCUGGAGCUGAAGUCGGCCCCCAAACAGACAUGCAUACCGAUGAACCAACGCCGUCUGGUCAACUCUGAGACAAGUGUCAAUCAGCGCUCGCUGGAUUUCGAUAUGCCGGACAAGUCCUGGUCUGUGUUAUAUUUUGGCGCCAAGGAGAAGCCCUUCGAAUAGAAUUGGAAACGGGCGGGGCCGGAAGAAUUUUAACUGAGACCAAUGACCUUCUGGGUGCGGCAGAAGACAAACAAAGUAAGGGACGGUGGUUAACUAUUAGAAGUUGUGGCGAAUAAAGCAGCUGUUUGAAAAUUA